UCAUCAUCUCUGUCAUCAUUUUAAGCUCGCAACUGGGAUUUCUAUCCCACUCCAUGCAACUGCAGCAGCAGCAGCAACAUCCAUUUUUCAUCAUAUGGCCAUACAAGACGUUCCAGGGUCCAUGGGGACCAGCGCCAGCUUUAUUUUGAGAUUGGGCCAGGCUAUCUUUUCCUCUGCUUCUCUUCUCUCCAUGUCUUUGGGAGUCGACUUUUACAGCUAUACUGCCUUUUGUUUCUUGGUAACAGUCAUGGGUCUGGUCAUUCCGUGGAGCUUCACUCUAGCUCUGCUGGAUGGAUACUUCAUACUGGUCCAAUGCCCUGUUCGGCAGCUGGGGAUAUUGCUGGUCAUUGUUAUAGGUGAUUGGGUUCUAUCAAUCCUCACAUUGGCAGCAGCUAGCUCAACAGCCGGUAUCGUGGAUCUCUUGCUCCAGGCCGAUGAGUCUUUCUGUCCCCCCCAGUAUUGCAGUAGAUAUCUGAUCUCUGCCUUGUUGGCCUUCUUAUCUUGGAUCUUCUCUCUAGCAUCUUCGCUUUUUAAUCUUUGGCUACUUCCCUCUCUAUGAUUUGUAUAGCUGGUCCUACCAUCAGACAUCAACAAUUACUGUCUGCUGUAGCAUUUGCUACUACUUUUUCUUCCUUGCUAUUUUUAGAUCUUACAAGUACAGGAUUCUGACAAAUUUGACAGUAUGUACAGACAAUGCUUCAAGUAAAAGUCAUACGACAACUUAAGGCGUUUGAUCUUUAUUUGAUUCAUUUGUGCAAGUGCAGAAGCAUUACUAAUGGGAUGAAAGGCCAGACUAUGACCAGAAUGAACAGUAGAAUUUUGCGUUUGUUCUGAAAUAAACUUCAUUUUAUCCUA